UGUAUGCUUAAUAAAACACGACUGAACACGUAAAAGUAAAAAAUUGUCUUUGACUGUUGCUUUUCAUUUUUAGUUCCGAUGUCGAAACAAUAGUGAAUAUAGUGAAAGUCAUUAUAUUAAAUAACAAACAAAUCCUCAAAAUGAAUAAAUUAAAAUCAUCACAGAGAGAUAAAGUGAAGAAGUUCGUAGCGUUUACGCAAACUACUGAAAGUACUGCUAUAUUCUGUCUCUCGCAGAAUGACUGGAAACUUGACUUGGCGAGCGACAACUAUUUUCAGAACCCUGAUGCGUAUUACAAAGACCCUGUCAAAGCAUCAGUAGAUAGAAAAAAAGUAGAACAACUAUUUAACAAAUAUAGAGAUCAACAGGAGAACGACAAAAUAACUGUUGAUGGUGUUAUGAAAUUUUUAGAAGAUUUAAAUUUAAGUCCUGAAUCAAUAUUAGUUCUUAUAAUAGCGUGGAAAUGUAAAGCGGCCGUACAGUGUGAAUUUACUAAAGAGGAGUUCAUGACAGGCUUCAUAGAGUUGGGUGUUGACAGCAUAGAUAAGUUAAAAGCAAAACUGCCUACAUUAGAAUCUGAGAUAAAAGACCCUAAUAAAUUCAAAGACUUUUACCAAUUUACCUUUAAUUAUGCUAAAAACCCUGGGCAGAAAGGCUUAGAACUCGAUAUGGCUGUAGCAUAUUGGAAUAUUGUGCUCCGGGGGAGAUUUAAGUUCCUCGAUGCCUGGUGUAAAUUUCUUACGGAGCAUCAUAAAAGAUCUAUACCAAAAGAUACAUGGAACCUUCUUUUAGAUUUUGCAACACAAAUUGAUGAUGGCAUGAGCAAUUAUGAUGCCGAAGGUGCCUGGCCCGUACUCAUAGAUGACUUUGUAGAAUGGUGUCAAAAGCAGGGACUAACAGCAGAUGGAGUUAAAUCCUUAGAGCCAGCGUCUGGCUAGCUGAAGCUUUACAGCUGCCCACAGUACGAAGCGAGAGUACACGAUAUGUGUAUAGAAUCAGAAAGACAAGAUCAAAGCUUCUUAGAAGAAUUGGGGUCAUUUGUAAUACUGCUACUGUCUCGCUUCGUCCUGUACAGUCUGGAGCUGUGUACAGUAGAGUGGAUAGCAAUUGUUAUCAUAUUUGAUUUGUGCAGCUGACUAAAUCAGCAAGUGACUUUGUCGACAAUGAAUGGUGGUUUGUAUUUAUUUUGAGGGUUGAAUAGAAGUGUGGACACUAAGAACAUUCAGACAAUUUAGUUAGUAACAGCUAGUACUCGACUGUAUAAAGCUCUGAACUCUUCGUCCGUUAGAGUAAUAUCAAUUAGAACUCCUGUUUCCUAAAUACUAUUGAGAAUAGGACCUAGUAUGUUGUGAGUUUAAAUUUUUCAUUGAAUUAAGUAGGAGAGCAAAUUAAUGAUUCAUUUAAAAAAAAAUAUUUUAAAUCAGAUUGAAUACUUGCAUUAUUGCAUACUAAUCUGUGAGGUUUUAAAUUAAGAUGUAAAUAUGUAUAUACAAAUUAAUGAUAUUACUUUUUUUAUAAUAUUAAAACUUAGAUCUUUCACAAUUUUUUUUAUUGUUGCUAACUUAGAAAAAUUUCGAUUUCUUCUACUUGAUCAAGUCUUCAAUUGUCAAUUUUACAUACAUAUUCAAAAAAUAUUUGAAAACUUAUUCCAAAUAUAUAAAAUGAAAUUUAAGUAAACACAAAUUCUCAGUAUUGAUUAUAAGAACAAGUUCAAUUUUGUUAAUGAUUAAUUUUAAAUUAAUAAUGCCCAACACUAAUGUUUUGCUUUUGAGUUGAAUUGGACAAUGUGUCUAGUAAUGAUGUUAUCAAUUGAAAAUAUUUAUUCAACUAUCUACUACUAAAUGGUAAGAUAUAAUUUAUUCACUGAUUGCAAAAUUAUUUACAGAAUUUAAAUUUAAACUGAUAAAUGUUGAGUUAAUUCCAAAGUUACAAUUGUGUAAAAAAAUUUUAUGUAAAUUUAUUUAUUACACUCUGGCUACCUUUAAAUGAUAUCAUUUAGUGAUUGUUAAUAAGACUUGAAAUAGUUAUUACCCCAAAUAAAUGUUAUGUUUUUCUUAAAACUUGAUCAUAUUCUAAUAUUUACUUAUAUAAAAGUAGAUUGAGUGCAUUUUCAUUAGCUAUGUUUGUCAAUGAUCUGUUAAUAUUUAAAGAAACAAACUGUUGAUUUUUUUAAUAAUUUAAAACAUUUUAUCAAUAGAUUUUCUAAUGUUUCUAGGAGAAAUUGUUGCUUCUGUAAUAUUGAAUCAUAAAAAAUAUUUGGUACUUAGAUUGAAUGUACAAAAAAGGAAAUUGAUGUAUCAAGUAUUAAACUACAAUAAAUUGUUAAAUAAA